CCCCCUUUUCUGAACCCUCCUCAACCUUCGAUUAAUAUUUUCUAAAAUGGAAAACAAAAUGAAGCACAUUCCAUUUUAUGUGGAUUCAUCAAACAAGGAUGACGAUGAUGAUCACGAGGGAUCUCAUCAUCAAACGUUGUUGUUUAUCACAGCUUGUCUGGUAAUGAUAAUCUCAUGGGUAUUGAUUCACAGGUUGAAGCAAUGGAACGUAAAAGGUGGUCCGAAGACGUGGCCAAUUGUAGGAGCAGCCAUUGAACAGCUAUGGAACUACGACCAGAUGCAUGACUGGAUCCUCAAUUAUCUGGCCCAGUCAAAGUCCUCCGUUGUGGUCCCCAUGCCCUUCACCACUUACACUUACAUUGCCGAUCCGAUCAAUGUGGAACAUGUCCUUAAAUCCAAUUUCCAAAACUAUCCUAAGGUAUAUAUAUGAAUCAUUUCUAUUUAGUUGUGAUGAUAUAUAUAAUUAAGCCAUCAUUCUUGCCUUCUUAUCUAUUUUGAGGGAAUUUAUGUCCCUUUCUUCCCUUUCUUUUUAAGUCUAAAGAAUCAUGCCAUUUCAGUAAGUUGGACUGUGUACAGAUUGGACACAUGGAUGCUAGUUAGGAGCUCUAAAAUUUUCAGAUGUAAACGUGCGAGACGAUAUUUCAUACAUCGACUGUACCACGUUAAAUGAAUAUGGUUUGAAACUUUAGCAAGACUAUCGCUUGUUUAUGGGCCCAAUAUUCAAAGGAUUUCUAUGUGUAGUUUUCAUCUCUUUUUUUGUGCAUUUAAUGCAGUGUGGGCUGGCAUUGGAAUAAUUCUUAUUGAUGUAGAUAAAAGCUUCUCCUUUUUUCUUUCUUUAAUUUUUUUUUUUUUUUUUUUUUUGCUGCUUUUCAAAUGAAAAAAACAGGGCGAGACGUAUCAUUCCUAUAUGGAAGUGCUGCUUGGAGAUGGGAUCUUUAAUGUUGAUGGAGAGAAGUGGAGAAGACAAAGAAAGACAGCAAGCUUUGAGUUUGCUUCAAAGAACUUAAGGGACUUCAGUACAGUUGUUUUCAGAGAUUAUAGCCUUAAACUCUCUGGAAUUUUGACCAAAACAUCUUUCCAAAACCAGGAAAUUGACAUGCAGGAAUUGUUGAUGAGGAUGACUUUGGACUCUAUCUGUAAGGUGGGAUUUGGUGUAGAAAUUGGAACUUUGACUCCAGAGUUACCUGAUAAUCGAUUUGCCACUGCUUUUGACACAGCAAAUAUCAUUGUGACUCUGAGGUUCAUUGAUCCACUUUGGAAGUUAAAGAAGUUUCUAAAUGUGGGAUCAGAGGCUGUUCUUGACCAGAGCAUUAAAAUCAUAGAUGAUUUCACUUAUUCUGUCAUUCGGAGAAGGAAAGCUGAGAUAGAAGAGAUUCAAGAAGCAAAUAAAGAUGACAAGAUUAAAAAACACGAUAUACUAUCGCGAUUCAUCGAGCUAGGCAAAGAUCCCGAAAACAAUAUGACUGACAAAAGCCUGAGAGAUGUCGUCCUGAAUUUCGUUAUCGCGGGGCGCGACACGACCGCCACGACUCUUUCUUGGGCUGUAUACAUGGUUAUGACUCACGAAGAGGUUGCGGAAAAGCUUUACUCAGAACUGAUAGCUUUAGAGGAAUCUAAGGCAAAUGAAGAAAACAUCAUGAUUGAACCAUAUGAGAGCGAUGAUUCCGAGUCCUUCAAUCGGAGAGUUAUUCAAUUUGCAGAGCUACUUAGUUAUGAAUCACUGGGGAGACUGCAUUAUUUGCAUUCUGUGGUUACAGAAACACUAAGAUUAUAUCCCGCAGUCCCUCAGGAUCCAAAGGGCAUCCUGGAGGAUGACAUAUUGCCAGAUGGAACUAAGGUGAAAUCAGGAGGAAUGGUAACAUAUGUUCCAUACUCAAUGGGCAGAAUGGAGUACAAUUGGGGUCCUGAUGCGGCUUUGUUUAAACCGGAGAGAUGGCUUAAGGAUGGAUGCUUCCAAAGUGAAUCUCCAUUCAAAUUCACUGCAUUUCAGGCUGGACCAAGAAUAUGCCUGGGGAAGGAUUCUGCAUAUUUACAAAUGAAGAUGGCACUGGCCAUUAUAUGCAGGUUCUACAGAUUCAAGCUGGUGCCAGGGCAUUGUGUGAAGUACAGGAUGAUGACAAUCUUAUCCAUGGAAAAGGGGUUAAAAGUUUUAGUUUCCAGACGUCCUUAAAUGUACUCAAGAAGGAGAUCGAUCUCAUGAGCACAGAGAGAAUGUAACUAGCAAAUGUUGUUUUUCAAGUAACCGAACUUUGUACUGUACCACCAUAACAACAUUUUGAGUGCUUCAUUUAUGAAAGAAAAAAAGCAGCAAGAGUUCCUAUUUUGUAUAGCUAGUAAUCUUACAGUGUCCCUCUGUUUCAUGAAUCAAUCCCACAAAACCCAUCAACAAUUAGACUCAAAAUAUAUGCAGAAUGGGAUUUCUAAAAACCAAUCAAACUCCGACCAUUUCGCCAACAUCUACCUAUAAGAAUCUUGCAGGCAAUACAAAUUGAACAGGAAUCAACACACACUGAGAGAGAAUUAGAAAGAGGGUGUCAAAUUGAUCAAAGAUGCAACCGAAGAAUAUGGGCUGAUUACUUCUAGUCCGGCUGCUUUCUGGAUCCUCUCAGCCCUCAAUAACUGGAGAACAAACUGGUCUAAUUUCAAAUGGACCAAAAGUCCACAGGGCCUC